AAGGCGUCGCAAAUCGCAAUGGGGAACUGUUCUCUGAAAGGAGUGGCCGCCGAUUGCGAAAAGCCCAUCAGAAUCUUAACCGAUUCCGGCAACAUAAUCAACUUCCAUGGCCCUAAACAAGUCGAUCAAAUCCUCAAGAACUAUCCUCCCGGCGUCUAUGGCGUUUUCCGGCGCCCCAAUCUCUCUUCGCCGUUACCCAUUUCGGAGCCUCUCGACGCCGGAAAAUCCUACUUUCUCCUCCCGCUUUCCCGAGCCGCAGAGAAAGAGAGGUCCGAUGCGGCGGAGGAUCUGAGAACUGGGUCGGGGCUGGAAGUGCUUCCGACAGGUGGCGACGGCAUUUGGAGGGUCAAAUUGGUGAUCGAUACGAAGCAGUUGGGGGAAAUUUUGGCAGAGGAAGGGAACACAGAAGCGUUGAUUGAGAGGAUGAGAGCGGCGGCGGCGACGGCAGCGGUGCAGAGUCCACGGCGGGAGAAGAUCGGAGGGUGGAAGCCGACGUGGGGGAAUUGGUCGAAGUUUCUUCCAAUUGAUGUUGGAAACCACAAUAAAGCACAAAUCAAGGAUUUUCAUUCUGGAAAUGGGUGUUUAUAUGCCACAUAAACUCCCCCAAAUAAAUACUCAAAUGUAAAUUUUGAUGUUUUUAUGGAAAAAUGCAUCUAUGUUUAUAUUUAUUUCGUUUCUUAAA